GAGUUGGCUUCGACGGCAGAAGGGAACGGUCAUUCACAGUAGGAAAGUCACUGCAACGAUCUGUGGAUUACUACAGCAGCUACUUACACAGUGCGUGUGCUAUCUACAGAGAAUUGACUGAGGCGUGGAUCCAUCUUAAUUUCCCAUCUAUAGUACAUGUCAGCCUUAAAAUAAUAUCCAACCCAUGUAAUUCUUUCUUAAAAGGGUAUCAAUUUUUUAUCUUCUCAUUCCGUCCAUAUUAAAAAAAAAAAACAGUUCGUUAAUUGGACUGGUCCAGAAUAUUUACAAUGGAAGAAUACAAUUGUAAAAUAGUGCUCGUGGGUGAUAACAAAUGUGGAAAAACGUCAUUAGUACAUCGGUUCAUACACGAUAAAUUUCUAGAGGUAUAUACUCCUACUGAUUUUAGAGUUUACACGACUACGUACGAAGUCAACGAUUAUCGUAUCAACUUUACAAUUUGGGAUACUUCAGGUGCUUCUGCUUACGACAAAGUCCGACCUUUAACUUAUCAAGAUGCUAGAGUGUUACUGCUGUGUUUUCAGAUUCCUUGUCCAAAUUCAUUAGAAAAUAUCGUGAAUAAGUGGUAUCCCGAAAUUAGACAGCACUGUCCAAACAUUCCCGUAAUACUUUGUGGUUGCCAGAGUGAUUUAAGGAACGACACAGAUGUUCUUCGUAAUCUGUCCAAAUUGAAGAAAACACCUGUCACUUCCGAACAGGCAUUAGCAGCAUCUAGGCAGAUAAGUGCAACGACAUAUGUGGAAACAACAACAAAACAUUGUGGAAAAACAGUCAAAGAUGCCUUCGAAGUAAUUGCUUUAGCAUCUCUGGGAAAACUAAAUAAAAAUCACGUAACUGUACAACGUCAUCGAAGCUUGAUGAAGAGAAAAUACAAAAGCAAAAUAGACCUGAAAGAAGAAUUAAGAGAUAAAGCAAGGAACUGCACGCUUAUGUGACCAUAAUCAUGAAUUUUUUUUUUUAAAGAAUUUAUAGUUUUUUCAGAGACUGGUUCGAUUUUUUAUCUAUUUAAUAUAAACAAAAAUAUAUAUAUAUAUAUAUAUAUAUAUAUAUAUUAAGAAAAUGAACAAGAAUCGUUAUCAGUGAUUUAAGAAAAUAAAUAAAAGAUAUUCCAACAUGUGAAGCUGAUAUUACAACGUUAACUAUCAUAUUUCAUGUUAUGUAUAUAGAUUUAAACGUUAAUGAACGUUACCUGAACAAUUAAAUAAAAACAAUAAAUAUGUUUACGGUUAAUAUCUCCAGUUUGUAAUGUACAAAUUCAAUAUUGAAAUCCAAUUUUAGAUCAAUAUCGAUGUUUUAAAUUUCAGCAGAAAUGUUGUUAAAACAGUCGACAUUUUAGUCGAUUUAUAUUGUUAAAAUUUAUUUGUUUUUUUUUUAACAGAAAAAGAAGAGAAAACAAUUCUUUUCCUCAUCCUCCUCUGUAUAUUUUAAUUAAUUUUUAUUACUUUAAAAUAUAAUUAUUUAAAAAAUAAAUAUUCUGCAGUAAAUUAAUUAAUCGACUGUCACAAAAAAGAGUGGCCUUCUCUUAAGUCUUUCUAUACUUGAAAACUCUACAGUAAAAUGUUUACAUGUUAAAUCAUGUAAAGGUUUAUCGUUGAUGAUUAGGAUGACGAUGGGCAAUGAGGAAUUUUUAUAUAAAGGUUGCCUUAAUUCAUAUUUACAUUUAAUUAUUCUUUAUUUCUACAAAAUAUGAAUAUAUAUAUAUAGAGAAAGAGAAAAAAAAUUUAAUUUAUUAACAAUACAACAUAUAUAUAUAUAUAUAGUAGCUAAUUGUAUAUGAGUAGAAAGACCUUUUCUUAAUUUAUAAAUUAAAUUGUUUUUUUUUCUAUAAAUCAUUCUCCUGUGAAUAAUGAAUAUGUAGAAUAUUAAAAAAGAGAAUUUUUGUAUAAUAAUUUACUAUUAUUUUUCUUGUUUAUGUACAGUUUUUUUAAGAGAAUAAUGUAAAAGAAUAUAAGAAAAUACAAUAGGAGAAAGAAUGAAUGUGUGAAUUUUGGGAAUGAAUAUCAAUAAAUUAUUUAUCCCAACAUAUCAUAGUGUGUUGGAAUAAUAAUAA